AUGACAUCUGCUCUCCUUGCGGUUCGGGCGUCGAGAGGGCUGGUCUCCGUACCGCUUCCAACGGCAGCUACAAGGGGUCAGGCAGGCAGCGACAUGUACAACAACGUCGGGAUCAGGACCCCUCGCGGCUCGGGCACAAGCGGCCAUGUCAUGUCCAACAGAAGCCACGUGCGCGCGCAGGCGUUUCGCAUGGGGAUAGACCGCAACACCGGGAAGCUCCAGGCCCGUGACUGGGAGGAGCCACCGCCGCGAAAGGCCAACGAGGAGCUGCUAGACCACCAACGCAAGCGCAAGGUGGAAGCCAAGAUCUUCGAGCUGCAGGAGGCGAUGGCCGACCGUGGCUACAGCGACGCCGAGAUUGAGGAAAAGGUCGCAGAGGUCCGCAAAGGGCUGGAAGAGCGGGAAGGGAGCGGCCAAAAGGCGUCCCUGCUCAAGGGCAAGAAGGGCGGCGGCGGCGGCGGCGGCGGAGCGGGUACCAUGGACUCCCACAUGCGGGACGUGAAGAAGGCGGACGACAACCGCCGCAUGAGAGAGGCGUUCGGACUCGGCGAUGACUACGCGGCCGGGGAGGCGUUCGACGAGGAAGCCCAGGAGCGGAAGAAGGAAGCGCGCAGGAAGGAGCGAGAGGCGAAGGACAAGGAGUGGGAGGAGAAAAAAGCGGCGAAGAAGGCGGAGGAGAAGAAGGAGAAACGCCGCCGGGAAAAGGCCGGGAGCGACGACGAUCAGGACGGUCAGGAGGGAGGAGCCCGGAAGGGGGGCAGCAGGCGCGGCGACUCGCAAGAAGCCGAGCGUGACAGCAUGAUGGCAAAGAGAGCCGAGCGCUUCGGCGCCAGCGCUAACGAGCCCAGAGGAUCCUCCAACAACGACCGCAAAGGGCGCGGACAGUUCCGUGCCGGGGGCCCCGGCAACAAGAACAACGACAAGAGGGCGGGGGGGCGCGACGGCAGGGAUGGAGAAAGAAGGCCCUCGGAGAUGAAUGUCAAGGAUGCUCUGGCGGGGGGGUUGUCGGCCCCUCGUGGGGGCUCUAGGCGUGACCGGGCUAGAAGCGAAGAUGAAGGCCCGCGGGAUGUUGUCAUCCACGUGGAUGGCGAAGACGGCGGGGGUCGGGGCCGCCCCAGGGACCGCGCGGAGGGCAGCGGGCGGAACGUCCACGUGCGCGUCGCCGGGGAAGGCGGCCGGGGGGACUCCGAGGAUUCGCGGUACCGCGGCGACCGGGGCCGGGGGUAUGGUGAUGACAGUGAUGGCGAAGGGUCGGAGCGCGAGGUUAUCGUGGUGACUCAGUCGGGUGUGGACGAGAACGAUAGGUGGCAGGCGGACGGGAACGGGGUCUUCGCGGAGGAUGGUCUGGGGGGGGGCUCCGCAGCCCCCGCCUCGUCCACUACCACCCCCCACUCCCCCGCUGACGACGACCUUCGCGGAAGGAUCAAAGGCCGCGGCCGUCGGGGUGUAGAAUGCGAGUCCUCCCCCCCUCGAAAGAAGGCCGCUCUCGCUCCCUCUGGCGGAGAUCUGCGGGAAAGAAUUUCCGGUCGGGGGCGCCGCGGCGCAAGCGGCCCUCCAAGCGGCCCUCCCGCCGGAGGUGAUGCGAUUUCGGUCACAUCCAAUGGUGAAAUUCUCAACACGACUUUUUGGUCAUGGCGGGGGCUGGAAAUGAGUACAAUGGUGGGCCAACUCCCCGUGGCUUGAGGCGAGCGAGACGUGAAUAACUCGUCUGUUUCCGGACUCCGGCUGUCUAGUGAAGGCCCGCUCCGUCCUACAUUGCUCAGGGGGUGCGAGGGACUUUUGUGUUGGAGGGCGUGGUGUCCCCUUUGGUCUUAUGUGCAUCAUCCCCGUCCACCAUUCCCCACGGGAAACAAGCCAAACGGAGGGACUUCGGCUAUUUUAAGUGUAGACAUACUCCGAACAAUGGCGGAGUAGCACUUCGUGUCUACACAUGACUUUUGUUCUGGGGCUGCCUUGCAAAGUUUCUCUUUUUCAUCGUGCUGUUAAAGACGUUUUCCACCCGGUGCCUUGAGGGUGUCCGAGGCAAACGGGUUUCUCGACAAGAUGGCUUCGUCUAGUUGGGGCGUUGCGGCAGCGCGAGCAGCAAGAACAGCGUGGUCUGUGUCUCGUUACCCUAGGCUCCAGAAAAAACAUUUGGAGUUCUUGGGGGUAGUGCUCUUGAUGAAGGCAGCCGGAGAGGAGAGGGAAGGGGAUGCUAACUAGAGGAUGUGCCCAUGAGAAGCUUCUGAGUAUGGUCUCGUUGUCACCGACCGUUGUCGUGUGUUACCCUUGCGAGAGGGCUGUGUGUGUUGGUGUUGGAGUUGCUACAAGUAGUACCGGGAAGAGAGGGAGGGUUGUCAAACUUGUCGUGGGAAGAGAAAGAAUACCAUCCGUUCAGGGGAGACGUAAAACUGCGAGCUAAUAGGUGCUAGCGGCUUAGAAGUUUGGGUUGGGUGGCUGAUGGGGGCCGAGUCUUCAAAACGAUGAUUCAUGAAUUCAGCAAGAGCUGGUCUUCAAUCGAAUGGUC